GUGUCUGGAAAAACGACGCUGUCGAGAUCAUCGCCAAUGAUCAGGGUAACCGUACCACCCCUUCCUAUGUUGCCUUCACCGACACCGAGAGGUUGAUCGGCGACGCCGCUAAGAACCAGGUUGCCAGGAACCCUGAGAACACCGUCUUUGAUGCCAAGCGUCUCAUUGGCCGCAAGUUCGACGAUCCCGUUGUUCAGCACGAUAGGAAGAUGUGGCCCUUCAAGGUUGUCAGUGGUUCCGAUGACAAGCCGAUCAUUGAGGUCGACUAUAAGGGAGAGCACAAACAGUUCCAUGCCGAGGAGAUCUCCUCCAUGGUUCUUGGUUAUAUGAAGGAGACUGCCGAGGCCUUCUUGGGCUCUAAGGUCAAUGAUGCUGUUAUCACUGUCCCUGCUUACUUCAACGAUUCCCAGAGGCAGGCCACCAAGGAUGCCGGUUCCAUUGCUGGUCUCAACGUCCUUCGUAUCAUCAACGAGCCUACUGCCGCUGCUAUCGCCUACGGUCUCGAUAAGAAGGGUGAGGGUGAGAAGAACGUCCUCAUCUACGAUCUUGGUGGCGGAACCUUCGAUGUCUCCCUCUUGACCAUCGAGGAUGGCAUCUUCGAGGUCAAGGCUACUGCUGGUGAUACUCAUUUGGGUGGUGAGGAUUUCGAUAACCGCAUCCUCGACUUCUGCAUGCAGGACUUCAAGCGUAAGAAUCGCGGCAAGACCAUCGAGGGCAACCAGAGGGCCAUGCGUCGUCUUCGUACUCA